AUGGCGCUUUUUACAGCGGUGAAGGAAGGCGAUCUUGUAAAGACAAAGUCUAUUCUAGAAGACGAGAUAGGUGAUGCCAAGCUGGUUAUGGAAGACAGUAUGGAUCCUGAGGGAAAGACACCCCUCCAUAUAGCUUCAGAAGAAGGGCACAUCGACCUCGUGAAAUAUAUGAUUGAUUUGGGGGCGGAUCUAGAAAAGCGAAGUAGAAGCGGUGACGCCCCUCUUCACUAUGCGUCUCGGAGUGGUCACCAGGAUGUUGCUCAAUAUCUCAUCACUAAAGGAGCAGAUAUCAAUAUGGGUGAUAGCAAUGGCUAUACACCUCUCUAUCUUGCUUCGGAGGAAGGUCAUGUUGGUGUUUUAGGAUGUUUGGUGAAUUCUGGAGCAGAUAUGAACAAAGCUUCACAUGAUGGUUCUACACCCCUUUAUACUUCAGCAAGUAAGGGUCAUGUUGAUGUUGUGAAAUAUCUCAUAACUAAGGGAGCCGAUCUUGAAAUGAUUGGUCCUAAGAGUCAGACUCCACUUUCCGUUGCGUCAUUCAAUGGUCACGUUGAGGUUGUGAAGCAUCUUAUUAGCCAGGGAGCAGAGCUUGAUACUAGUGAUGAAGAUGUCUACACACCUCUCUAUACCGCUUCACAGGAGGGAUAUCUCGCCAUUGUUGAGUGUCUGGUAGAUGCAGGAGCAGAUGUGAACCAACCAGUAUAUGAUGGUGACUCACCACUUCAUGCUGCAACAGAAAAUGGCUAUCUAGACGUUGUGAAAUAUCUCAUCACUAAAGGAGCAGAAAUUGAUAGAGAUGGUAACGAAGGAUAUACACCUCUGCAUCUCGCCGCACUGGAGGGUCAUCUUAACGUUGUUGAAUGUCUGGUAGAGGCAGGAGCAGAUGUCAAAAAAAACAAACCACGAGAAAACGUCUCCACUUCAUGA